AUGUUUAGAGGCAAUUAUAAUAGAUAAUCCCUUAAACCAUAAGUGGUCACUUUUUAAUAUGUAUUAGAUUAAGUGAAUGCACUUGAUCAUAGAGCCCUCAGUGUAAUAAUUUUAUUAUAAUAUAGCUUUUGCACAAAAUGGUGAAUCCAUCUUAGAUGAAUAUUUUUGCAACUGCUUCUCUUGUCUCUUUAUUUGCAGGACUAAUUCGAGAGAUCCCCUGUGAACUAUUAGAUGAAAAGGUAAAUCAAUAUAUUUAGAUAGAAUCUCAAUUGGAGUUUGUUACAUAUGUUUUUAAAUGAUGUUGAGAAAUUUUUGGAAAACUUAAGAAAAUUCAAGGAGUUCGUUAAUAAAAAUCAAAUAACAUCUAAAAACAUGCAAAUUGCUAAUUAUUGGAUACAAAAAUAUAAUGAAGUAUAACAAGAGUAAAAUCAUGUCAUAAAUUUAGUAAUUAAUAUUCAGUUUCUUAUGCAUUUGUUUAAAUUACUUAAAUGAUCAUUAAACUUGACAAACAGCUCAAUCAAAGACAGCCUUCAAGUCCUGCAAGGUCAUUGUCUGCAUCACCAAGCCCAAAAAUGAAUGGCAAUGAUGAUAUCGAUGAAAUUGAUGAACUUAAAACAUAACCGGAAAGAAUGAGUGUACGAGAACCUCCAAAAACAAAUGGACUAAAGCUUUAAUUAGUCCCUAAUAAACCUAUUUAAUAAACAACAGCACAUAAACACACAUAAAGCCAGCAAAUCAAAUAAGUAGCCCCAAUUCAUGCUCCAGUAGUGCAAAAAAAGAAAUGAU